CGCUGGUUCUUUUUCAAUAUCCCACGAAUUAUUGAUUGGCGAUGUCGUACCAAAGGCUAGAACAUGCUAUCCAAGGUAGUAUAGAUACUGGAGAAGAAAUUUCUGGCAGACAUUUGCAAAUUGCUACAAGUUUACUUGCAGCUCAAGCCAACGAUGUGCGAUCUCACAGGGUAAAUUGGCAGUCGUAUCUGCAAGGUCAGAUGAUUUCCAAGGAAGAGUUCACCUUUAUCCGUGAAUUUGACAAUGCAACAAGCAGUGAACAAAGAGACCAGGUUUUGAAACGAUAUGGACCCCAAGCAGCAAAGAUAUUUCUGAGUUUAAUGGGGCAUAUAUCAAAAGACCAAACAGUGCAAUACAUUCUUACUUUGGUGGAUGACAUGUUACAGGAGAAUCAUGAAAGAGUAUCUAUAUUUUUUGACCAUGGUAAAAAAUGCAAAACAACGCCUUGGGCUCAGUUCCUGAAUAUGCUAAAUAGGGAAGACAAAUUUGUCAUCAAUCAGGCUGGUAGAGUCAUUGCUAAACUAGCGUGCUGGGGCCGAGAGACAAUGUCUGGCAGUGAUUUGACAUACUACUACACAUGGAUAAAAAAUCAGUUAACAGCCCCUGGUAAUGAGUAUCUACAAGCAGUGGCCGGAUGUCUACAAAUGUUACUGAGAUACAAUGCAUAUAGAGAGUCAUUUAUGGAAGCUGGUGGCCUAGGAACGUUAUUGACAGUUCUGGGCGGUCGUUGUGGAUUUCAAAUUCAGUAUCAGUUAAUAUUCUGUAUCUGGAUGGUAUCAUACAACCCUUCCUUGGCAACACAGAUGAAUCGAUAUAAUGUAAUUCCAGUGUUAGGUGAUAUAUUGGGUGAAUCUGCUAAAGAGAAGGUGACAAGAAUCAUUCUUGCUACAUUUAGGAAUCUGAUUCAAAAGCCAGAAGAUAUCGAUGUGACACGAGAAAAUGCAUUGUCCAUGAUCCAAUGUAAAGCAUUAAAACAGCUGCAAGUUUUGGAAGGACAAAAAUUUGAAGACACUGAUAUUGGAGAAGAUAUUGAUUAUCUAAUUGAAAAACUACAUGAUAGUGUUGAUGGUCUUAGUUCCUUUGAUGAAUAUUCAUCUGAAGUGAAGUCUGGUAGACUAGAAUGGAGCCCUGUCCAUAAAAGUGAGAAAUUCUGGAGAGAGAAUGUGUCACGUUUGAAUGAAAGAAACUAUGAACUAUUAAAGAUAUUAAUAAGAUUAUUAGAGUCAUCAAAAGAUCCAUUAGUUUUAGCUGUAGCUGCCCAUGACAUUGGUGAAUAUGUCAGACAUUAUCCAAGGGGGAAACAUAAUAUUGAGCAGCUAGGAGGUAAAGAAUUAGUAAUGACAUACAUGACCCAUGAUGACCCCAAUGUUCGUUAUGAAGCAUUAUUAGCUGUACAGAAACUUAUGGUACAUAAUUGGGAAUAUUUAGGAAAACAACUUGAGGCACAGUCCUAGUAUUACAGCCAAUCCUGUCAAGUGCUACUCUGUUUAGUGAGAAGAAAAAUUCAAACGUCAUUUUGAAUUUUUUGAAUUUUCCAAUGUGAGUGUGAUCUGUGAUACUGUCUCUUGUUGACAGUCUUAUACUUCAAGUUUAAAUAAGAAUUCUGAUCACACCUUGUAAAUAGUUUAAUUUUUGAGCAAUUUAAGUUAAUUCCGCAUAUACAUGUAUGUAUGUAUACAACUACAUCUAAAUGAAAAAACAUGUUAUCCAAAAUUUUUUUGACUUUUGAAACGGCUGUUAUAACUGCACAUGUCCUUGCAUGAUGUUUUUACCCAUACAUGCCAUUAUGAUGUUUGUUCAAAUACAAUAUGGUGGAAAACGAUGUCCAAGACUCGUAUCAUUUUCUCACAGCAGAAAUAUUUUCAACAUUUUUUUGUGUGCAUUGUUCAGUGAAAUCUCCAUUGCCAACAAAUUUUGAAUACAAUUUGGAGAAAUAGAGAUUCUGGUGUAUUUUGUGAAAAGUCACUUGAUUUGAAAUGAAUUGUUAUUCAGAUGUUACCGGCCAAGAAGCAGCUAACAUUCUUCUUAGGUUGGACUUGCCAUGUGCAGUUAUAACCAUAGUUGAUGAGAGUUCCAUUCCUUGUGUAUGCUAAGCCAGCUCUCCAGUUUAAUUUGAUGUCACAGUUUCUGAAUAAGGUACAAUACCAUUAACUAUGUACUAUUGUUUGUGAACAGUUCUGCUGUGGUAAAAUUCUUAUUAUAAUUUACGUUCAUAUCUGAAUGUUACCUAUACCUCAAUCUAAUUUUGUAUUGUUGACAUGAAGGGUUAUACAUACAUGUGAUGAGAAUUGUUAUAGUAAACUUUUCUUUUCUUUUAUUUGCCAGUCCAAAAAUUAGAUUUUAUGUAUUUUUACUUGGUAGGUAGCAAGUUGUGAUAUAUAAAUUCUGUAUUCGCUUUCUUAGUAGCGCAUACACUUAAAUAAAUGACAGUUAAGUUAAGUUUAUUGUUAAAAAAAUAAGUCGUAGGAUAAUAAUAUUAUGAUGUGUGCUUUUAUUAGAGGUGCACUUCUGAUAGAGCAAACACAUUAUGUUGUUUACAGAGACAUUUCUGUAAUCUGUUGUACCCUGGAUAUGUGUUGUAAGUUACUAUUAAGAAAUAUUAUACUUGUGAAAUAUCAUUUUCUGUAACAUGAAUGUAAAUAAAUCAUAAAACAUGAAUGUAAUA